GUGAUGAUGUUUAUUUAAGAGACUUGGUUAUUAAGAAUAACAUUAUACCUCCACUCCAAGCACUACUGACACCCGACAUUUCACCACUGUUGCGACGCAAUAUUACAGGAAUUUUGUCUCAACUUUGCUCUAGUGAAAAUCCGCCUCUUCCAUUUGAGGUUAUUAAAAUGGUCCUGCCAACUCUUGCUGAACUGAUAAAUCAUAGUGAUCAAGAAGUGCUCGCAGACUCUCUCGACGCUAUAUCAUGCCUGACUGAAGGCAGCAACAUGGAGCUUCAGGAAGUUAUCAAUGCUAAUGUUCUUCCACGCCUCUGUGAACUUCUAGAGAUGAGGGAAUAUUCUAUUAUCUCACCAGCACUCAAUGCAGUUGGACACAUUAUAUCCGUAGAUGAUGAGCAAACUCAAACAGCGAUCAAUGCGGGUGCUCUUCAGGCUUUAAAGGUUUUGCUUAGCCAUCCCAUGAGUCGUAUUGUGGAGGUGAGUGACAAACUCUUAAUUGUUGUAAUCCCAGUGGCAGAAUGUUUUCCGACUUUCUGCAAACGACAAAACUCUCUAGCAUUAAUAUCUUUCUGCAAUGUACAUUUAAUAAUAACAAAGAUGUAUGUUACUAAUUAAAGGUGACAAGAACACUGUUUUUUAACUGG